ACGCACAUAACUCCCGAGGAGCAGAGGAUCUUGACCUUCCUUCGUUUCUCUUCUUAGGUUCUAGUCCUUUUUCAUCGUUCCUUUCUUUGCGACGUUACGACAUCCAUAGACGGGAGCGAUCCGGAAGGAAUUGUUCUAUACCAACUUUUCUUCACACCCUUUUUUCUUUCGUUCAAAAGCACGCAGGAGCACACAGGAGUCUCAGGAGUCCUUGUUUUCCUUAGCCAACGCCUCGGCUCUUUUCCUAGCUGACAGAUUAUUGUUUUCUUGGGUUCCUUUUCGGCACCGAAUUUCCACCUCGUCAGACGCAUUCGUUCAGGAAUAUUUACCGAAACCAUCGCCAGCCAACAUUAGAAAAAAGCUUUCCCAACCAUGGCUGAACUUAAUCAACGCAUGUCCAACUUGGGCAUGAGUGACUCGAUUCAUGCUACUGAUGGGGUUCCCUCUUCUGGGGCCUCUAAUCAUUCUUCUGGGAGUGGUCCGAGGAUCGGCUCUGCUUAUAUCCCUCCCCAUAUGAGGGGGAGUGCCGCCAGAUCCAACUCUGGCCCCGCGGCUCCCGUGCCCCCUCCCGUCCAGAACGGCACAGCAAAUGGCGUUCAGUCCUCUAGAUGGAGUAACGGGUAUGUCGUUCGUUAACAUUCCUACUAGUUUUUGUUUUCUUGCAUGUUUUCUUUUUUUCUUCUUCUUUGUUUGCCUUGUGAUGCGUAACUUUCAUCCUAUACUUCCUUGCUUUCUACUCUUCGUGUUUGAUAUUGGCAGCAUUGUGCUAAUUCCCAGCCCAGCCCAACUCAAGAGUCGGCUGCUCCUGCUUCUCAUGCUAAUGGCUGGGCCAACGCCCCAACCUUCACUCCUCGCGGUGCUGGCAGUGGCUGGGAUGCCCCCCCUCCCCGUCCUCCACGCUCCUUUGAUCCCAACGCGUAUGGCAAUCCAGGAAGCGGUGGUAAUCGUGGGGGCUCUGGGGAUGGUCGUUGGGCCGAUGGCAAACAUAUCCCCGGACCCCCUAAUCCCCGUACCGAGCGUGAGCUCUUUGGCGCCCCUAAUGAUCCUACCAAGCUAGCUACUGGUAUCAAUUUCGAGAAAUAUGACGAUAUCCCGGUUGAGGCCUCUGGCCACGAUGUUCCCGAACCUGCUACCCAGUUCACCAGCCCGCCUUUGGAUCCUCACUUGUUGUCCAAUAUUGAGCUUGCCCACUACAAGAGCCCUACCCCUGUGCAAAAGUAUUCGAUCCCUAUCGUUAUGGGCGGCAGGGAUCUAAUGGCUUGUGCACAAACCGGUAAAUUUCAUCCUCACCCAUCCUUACACACAAGCUAAUUGUUAUUAGGCUCUGGAAAGACUGGUGGUUUCCUUUUUCCGAUACUUUCUCAAUCCUUCAUUCAAGGACCCUCUGCCGCUCCUGCAAGCUCAGGCGCUGGUUAUGGUUACGGCCGUCAACGCAAAGCCUAUCCCACUGCGCUUAUUUUGGCUCCAACCCGCGAGCUUGUUUCCCAAAUUUAUGACGAGUCCCGUAAAUUCGCUUACCGUUCGUGGGUUCGCCCCUGUGUGGUGUAUGGCGGUGCCGACAUUGGUUCUCAGCUGCGUUUGAUUGAGCGUGGCUGUGACCUUUUGGUUGCUACUCCUGGGCGUCUGGUUGACCUGAUUGAGCGUGGUCGUAUAUCUUUGGCAAACAUCAAGUAUCUUGUUCUUGAUGAAGCUGAUCGCAUGUUGGACAUGGGUUUUGAGCCUCAGAUCCGUCGGAUUGUCGAGGGUGAAGAUAUGCCCAAGACUGAUACUCGCCAGACCCUCAUGUUUUCUGCUACCUUUCCCCGUGACAUCCAAAUGCUUGCCAGAGAUUUUUUGAAGGAUUAUAUCUUCCUUUCUGUUGGCCGUGUUGGUUCUACUUCCGAGAACAUUACCCAAAAGGUCGAGUAUGUCGAGGAUCAGGAUAAGCGCUCCGUGCUUUUAGACAUUCUCCAUACACAUAGUGGUGGCCUUACCCUUAUCUUUGUGGAGACCAAGCGUAUGGCGGACUCUUUGAGCGAUUUCCUGCUUAAUCAAAAUUUUCCCGCAACGUCCAUUCACGGGGAUCGUACACAACGUGAGCGUGAGCGCGCUCUUGAGAUGUUCCGCACUGGUCGUUGCCCGGUUAUGGUUGCAACUGCUGUGGCUGCCAGAGGUCUCGAUAUUCCUAAUGUCACUCACGUCGUUAACUAUGAUCUUCCUACCGAUAUUGAUGACUACGUUCAUCGUAUCGGUCGUACAGGCCGUGCUGGCAAUACUGGCAUCGCGACUGCCUUUUUCAAUCGCGGUAAUCGCGGCGUUGUUAGGGAUCUUCUUGAACUGCUCAAAGAGGCCAACCAGGAAGUACCUGCAUUCUUGGAAACGAUUGCUAGGGAGAGUGGAUUUUCCGGAGGCGGUCGUGGUGGUGGUGGUGGUGGUGGCAGGUCUGGCGGUGGCGGUGGAAGAGGGCGUGGCGGUAAUGCCAGCCGUGAUUUCAGAAAGUAUGGCGGCGGCGGUGGUAGCGGCGGUGGUAGCUAUGGUGGUGGCUAUGGUAGCUCCGGUAAUAGUUACGGUGGCGGUGGUGGUGGUGGUAUGUUGCUUGGUACUUCUACUUCGAUUGUUGACAUUGCUAACAUUGCACGAUAGGCUACCCCAGCGGCGGAGGAUCCGGCUACGGUGGCGGCUACGGCAGCGGAGGAGGGGGCGGUGGCCAUGGGGGUGGAAGCUAUGGCAACCCUGGCAGCAGCUCUUGGUGGUAG